AUGAUGGAAUUUCAAGCCCUCGUGAGAUAUGAACACCAAGGAACCAUACUCCACGGCAAUUUAGUACGAACUAGUGAUUUUGGCUAUCUUGUGGAGCGACUCCACGGAAACCUAGAUGUCGGACUAGAGAGGACAGAUAUCAGAGACACGGUGGUCAAGCUCCUUUGCCCGUUGGAAAAGACCCCCAUCAUCAUGUGCUUGGGGUUGAAUUAUGCCCAAUACGCCAUAGAAUCAAGCCUUCCCGUAUGUGCAUUCCCCAUCAUCUUCACCAAACCGCCAGACGCCCUCGCGGGUCCUCACGAUCCCAUAAUCGUACACCACGAUGCGCAAGACAAGCUGGACUACGAGGGCGAGCUCUGCGUCAUCAUCGCCCGGGACGUCAAGAACGCGAACCUCUCCAACGCCAUGGACCAUGUCCUCGGGUACGCCGCGGGGAAUGACGUGACCGCCCGCAACUUCCAGUUUCCCGGAGCCUCGGGCGGCCAGUACUCGUACUGCAAGUCUUUUGACGGUUUCGCCCCUAUCGGACCGGCCAUCUGGUCGCCGAAUGUCGUCCCGGAUCCGCAUGCGCUACGAUUUCGCACUAAGGUCAACGGCAAGGUCGUGCAGGAGACGGAGACAUCUGACAUGAUUUGGUCGGUGGCGCAGGUUAUCGUGCAUCUCUCGCGGGGGACGACGCUGAGGAAGGGGACUGUGUUCAUGAUGGGCACGCCCGGGGGCGUUGGAUACUCGCGCGGUGUCUUUUUGAAACAUGGGGAUGUUGUGACAGUCGAGGUUGAUGGCCUUGGUAAAAUCCAGAACGAAGUUGUUUUCGAGGGAAGUCGUGCAGAGUACAAAUAG